CAAAAAUGGGAUGCGUCAGAUUGUUUUUUGGAAGAUUGUGGCAAAAGAACGUUGGAAAUAACUGUAAAAAUCCUAUGUCAUGUUACAGAUAUGUACAUUAUGUACAAGGCCAGUCACCAGAACCUAGAAUUAGAGAAUACUUUUAUUUUAUUGAUCACCAAGGACAGUUAUUUCUUGAUGACUGCAGGAUGAAGAAUUUUACAUCUUGCUUUAAAGAGAAGAAGUUUCUUGCCUUUUUUUUCACUCGACUGAAAAUCAACUACAUGGAUCGGUACACCGAAUUUCCAUACCUCUCUCCGUGUGGGCGUGAACGUAAUUUUAUUCGAUGUGACGAUCGCCCUAUUGUUUACACAAGUAUUAUUCCUUCAGAUGAUUCGAACACCCCCGAUCGCCUGUCAUACGGUGGAGCUGGAGAGCUUCUCACCAUCCCGUUCGAACCACACAAGGUUUGCAUGCUCACUCAUUCUGGAAGGAUAUAUUACCCAGCACAGCCGAAGCAAGGAGAUGUGGGAUUGAUCAAGUCUAAUAUGGCCAUUGAACUGAGCAAAUAUUUCGACUUCGAAAAUGGUGAGAUGAACCCACCCACUCAUUUUACGUGGAAAGGUGUUCGACACACUCUAAGCAAUGAAUUGUUACCACUGAUGGAAAAUGGAUAAAAUUUAAGUUUUGUCAUUAAAAAAAUUAACGUGUCCCUGUGUAACAAAAAUACAGGGCAUGUGUUUAAAUUAAACUGGUUUUUAUAGUUCAAUAUAGAAUUUUAACAUUUGAAAUAAUCAUCUUGGGCAAGCAUAUGGUGGGGGUUUUCAGUCCUUGGAUUGUAGGGCUUCCAGAAGUGACAACAUGGCAAGCACGUAGGAACAAUAUCCCAUUUUGGGAGGAGGGUCAAAAUCUCUAGUAAUAGGGGUCACAGCACCUAAAGUACUAAUCAAAAUUAUACCCAGGUGAUUUUCCAGUCUUAUAUAUUAUUUAUGAAAACCAUAAAACGGUGUCAGUAUUACCACGACCUGUUAUGGUAUUCAAACAACAGGUACCUAAAAUGACAAUAAAUGACCUGUUAUAGAUAGAAAUAUGAGAUUUAUUUGCAAUUUUACUGCAAAACAUAUGUAAUAUGAAACAGACUAUAACACCCAGUUUGAUAUUGAACACACCUGAGACCACCUCUCUGCUUAGCUUAGUACUUGUGACUUGACCUGUCAAGUGUAAUCAAUAUAAACCUGGGUGUUAUAGUCUGUUCCAAAUUACAUAGGUUUUGCAGUAAAA